AUGCCUCCUUCUUCAAAAACCAAAAUCAUCGCCGAGUACGCGAAAUCGAACAGGUCAUCAUGCAAGACAUGCUUGAAAACGAUAUCUGCUAAGGCCCUCAGGUUGGGUUUGAUCAGUAGAGACUCAAGAGGGUUUGAUAUGACCAAAUGGUAUCACUUGGAUUGCUUCUCUGACAAGAUUGAGUCUACCGAGCUCAUUGGGGGGUUUGAUUCUCUCCAGAGUUGUGAUAGGGUUGCUUUGAAGAAAUUGGUGGAACAGAGAACAGAUGCGCAAGAAAGUGAACUGGAGGAAAGGAAUGCAAAGAAAACUAAGUUUUCAACAGCUAUUGAGGAAGCCAACCUGGUCGAAGCCUUUUUGCUAUCCGAUUGUAGUGACAAUUAUAAGGAUGCUACAUUAUUACCAAAAUGGAAGGCAUUUCAGACAGUUAUAUUUCGUGAACGGGAUGAUGGUCUCCAUGAUUCGAAUAAAAUUGCUGCAUUUGAUUUUGAUGGCUGUCUUGCAAAAACAUCCGUCAAGAGAGUAGGUGCAGAUGCUUGGUCUCUCAUGUUCCCCUCAAUACCAGACAAGCUGCAGAGGUUAUAUAAUGAUGGCUUCAAGCUGGUUAUAUUCACAAAUGAAUCCAACAUUGAUCGCUGGAAGAACAAAAGGCAGGUAGCUGUAGACUCAAAAAUUGGACGCCUAAACAACUUCAUCGAGCGUGUGAAGGUUCCCAUCCAGGUUUUUAUAGCUUGUGGGUAUGAUGGUAAAGUAGAAGAUCCAUUUCGCAAACCCAAACCUGGAAUGUGGCAGAUUAUGGAGAAACAUUUUAACUCUGGCAUCUCCAUUGAUAUGGAUCAAUCCUUUUAUGUUGGGGAUGCAGCAGGGAGACCUAAUGAUCAUAGUGAUGCUGACUUAGAAUUUGCAAAGGUCAUUGGAUUGAAAUUCCAUGUCCCUGAAGACUACUUUGUCUAA